AUGACGGCAGAUGGAGGAUCAAACGAGGCAGUCGCCACUCCGGACAUGGAUCUCCUCAAAAAGUACACCGAGGAAAGUGAGAAGCGGUUCCGAGAAGAUGGGAGUGCUCAGUAUCUCGAGCUCGCUGGAUCUGAGGUGUCGAAACUCGCGGAACUCACCAAGGAUCCAUGGGUCGACCACGACGUAUUGAAUGCGCAACCGCCAAAUCUCAAAGACAGCGAUGACAUCAAAGUUCUCAUUCUUGGAGCCGGAUUUGGUGGAUUGCUCCACGCUGUGUACCAGGUCGAAGCUGGUAUUAACCCAAGCGACAUCCGUAUGGUUGAUGUUGCGGGAGGCUUCGGCGGCACAUGGUACUGGAACAGAUAUCCCGGUAUAAUGGUUGAUGUCGAAAGUUCCAUCUACUUGCCGCUCCUCGAAGACACGGGUUACAUGCCAAAGAACCGCUUCUCGUACGGCCCCGAAAUAAGAGAGUAUAUCGUCAGCAUCGCAGAAAAAUGGAAUCUAACUGACAAGGGGGUUUUCCGCACCCAAGCCCGCUCGUAUGACUGGAUGGAAGAUGAAAAACGCUGGAAAGUAGUCUUGACUCAAGAUCGAGGACCAAAGGAGCAGCCGCUUGAAAUGGCUGUCACGGCACAAUUUGUCGUGAUUACAGGAGGUGUGCUGAACCACCCCAAGACUCCUAAGAUUCCUGGACUGGAGAGCUUCGCCGGCGAGAUGAUACACACCGGCCGUUGGAACUAUGACAUCUCAGGAGGAUCACCCGUUGAUUGGACGCUAUCCAAACUAAAGGGUAAGAAAGUCGGUAUUGUUGGCACGGGAGCAACCGCCGUCCAGUGCGUGCCGCAACUAGCACAAUGGGCAGACCAACUAUAUGUCUUUCAGCGCACACCCUCUUCCGUGGAUGAGCGAGACCAAGCUUCUAUGAUCCCAGAGCACUGGGAGAAAGUCACCUCCAAGAAGGGUUGGUGGCGGGCUCGAAACGAAAACUGGUGUGGCAUGCUGGCUGGUCAUCCUAUGGAAGAGAACAUGGUAAAAGACCGCUGGAGCGAGUCUAAGUCCUAUCGCUAUCUCGCCGGUGGCCUCCACGACAAGCCGUACACCAUGGAGGACAUCCCCGAACUCAUUGGGAAAGCUGUUGCUAGUGACGCUCCCCGAGCAGAGCGCGUUCGCCAACGGGUCGACACCAUCGUCAAAGAUAAGGAGACAGCGGAUGCUCUCAAGGCUUGGUAUCCCAUCUGGUGCAAGAGACCAUGCUUCCACGACGACUACCUCCCUACUUUCAACCUGCCUCACGUUUCUCUCGUAGACACCAACGCCAAGGGCAUAGAGAGCGUGAAUGCGAAUGGCAUCGUCGCCGGCGGCAAGAAAUACGAUCUCGACGUCAUUAUCUGGAGCACGGGAUACAGAUCCCCCGUGACGAACAUGGCUGAACCGAGUCACAAUGCCAACAUUUCCAUGUCGGCUCGUGGAAACACGCUCGCCGGGCUGUGGGCUCAACACGGCGCAACUACUCUCCACGGCACUGUAACCCCUUGGAUGCCGAAUGUGAUUCUCUCCGGGCCCUCUCAGACAGCCGCCUGCGGAAACUUCAUGUAUACCAUUGAAAACAUAGCCCGGCACGGAGCGUACAUCAUCUCCGAGACUAUCAAGCGAGCGGACGAUCCGAAGAAAGCAACUGUGGAGGCCGUGCCAGAGGCAGCUGAAGCAUGGGCACUCCAGAUUCUAACUCGGGCUACCUUUCAGGCUCCCUUGGCGAUAUGUGGGCCGAGUUAUUUCAACGAGGAGGGCGCGACGAGAACGAUGUCAACCGAGGAGAGGAUGAAGAUGAUGAGGGGGGCGAUUUGUCCGCUCGGGGUGUUGAAGUAUGUUGAUACUUUGCAGGAUUGGAGGGCAGAUGGAAAGAUGGAAGGACUGAAACUCGCUUGA